AUGGCAUUCUCCAGGCUGACCAUCCUGCUGGUCGUGCUGUCCUGCAUCGAGAGCUGUCUGGCCACCUCGUGUGUGGUUGACAGCUUUUCCGUCAAAGAGGACUUUGACCCCAAAAGAUACUCAGGGAAAUGGUACGCUCUGCAAAAGAAGGAUCCCGAGGGCUUGUUCCUGCAGGACAACAUCUCUGCGGAGUACACCAUCGAUGACGACGGCAGCAUGACGGCUUCCUCUAAAGGACGAGUCACCCUCUUCGGGUUCUGGGUGGUAUGCGCCGACAUGGCUGCCCAGUACUCUGUCCCCGACCCUACCACUCCCGGCAAGAUGUUCAUGAACUACCAGGGACUGGCCAGCUACCUGUCCAGCGGAGGCGACAACUACUGGGUGAUUGACACCGACUACGACAACUACGCCAUCACCUACGCCUGCCGCACCCUCAAGGAUGAUGGCAGCUGCGAGGACGGCUAUGCCAUCGUCUUCUCUAGGAACCCCCGCGGCCUUCCCCCCGCCAUCCAGCGCAUCGUGCGCCAGAAGCAGGAGGACAUCUGCAUGGUUGGACAGUUCCAGCCCGUGCUGCAGUCCGGUGCUUGCUAA